AAACCUUGUCAGAAGAAAAACAUAGAAAAUGCAUUUUCACGUGGGAAAUAAAACCAAAACAAAAGUGAAACUGCCGGAAAAGUAAAAUUAAAAAUGUUUAGAAAUGUUGUUGUGGGAAUAUCUGGAGGAGUGGACAGUGCUGUAGCUGCAUUACUUCUUAAGAACAAAGGAUUUAACGUUCGAGGAGUUUUUAUGAAAAACUGGGAUAUUGUAGAUGAAAAAACAACUUGCACAGGAGAUCAAGACUUUGAGGAUGCCCAGAGAGUUUGUAGACAUCUGAAAAUACCCCUAAUUCAAGUAAAUUUUGUGAAGGAAUACUGGAACAAUGUUUUCAGGCAAUUUCUGGAGGACUAUGAAUCUGGAUUGACUCCCAAUCCAGACAUACUCUGCAAUAGAUUCAUAAAAUUUGACAAUUUCUUUGAAUUUGCAACAUCAAGGGAUAAAUUAGGAGCCGAAGCUAUUGCUACUGGUCACUAUGCAAGGACAAAUUUUGGGGCUUAUCUUGAAAAAUACACCCCUGAGAGAAAUGCCAAGCUUCUUCAAGCCAGAGAUACCUUUAAAGAUCAAACAUUCUUCCUCUCUAAUAUUCCACAGAGAGCCCUCAAAAAGACUAUGUUUCCUCUGGGAGAUUUAACAAAGGAUCAAGUCAAGGCAAUAGCAAUGGAUUCUGGAAUGGGAUUUCUCUUGAGAAAAAAAGAAAGUACAGGGAUAUGCUUUAUUGGACAUCGAAACUUUCAGGAGUUCAUCUCAGAGUACAUCGUUUCGAAGCCUGGAAAACUAAUAGAUAUUGAUACGGGAAACAUAGUAGGGAGUCACAAUGGCUUUCACCAUUGGACUGUUGGUCAGAGAUGUCGUUUGUCUGGAUAUCCACAACCUUAUUUCAUAGCUCAAAAAGAUCCAAAUACAAACAACAUCUUUGUGGCGCAAGGAACAAACAAUCCUGCUCUAUUUUCUAAGAGAUUUUUCACAGAAUCACCCUACUGGAUUGACAAAAGCUGUGCACCCAAUGUUGACAAGGGUUUUCAUUGCAAAUUUAGAUUUCAGCACACAAAACCUCUGACUAGGUGUGAAGUGAAAAAGAAUCCUGAAAGAUCUAAUGAACUAUUAGUGAUCCUUGAGCGACCUUUAAGAGCUAUAACUCCUGGACAAUAUGCUGUUUUCUACAGUGAGACGGAAUGCUAUGGCUGUGCUAGAAUAAUUAAUCCAAUUUGUGGUGAGAAAGUGCUUGAAAGUGAAUAUGAAAUUACCAUAUCCUAAAACCUCUAAAACUUCUAAAAAUUGUGGUAUUUCCGUUAACACUAAAAUAGAGGGAAGUAGAAGUGUGAAGUUUGCUUUAAAUAACAUAGAAAAUAUUCGUCGAAAAACGGGUAAUUUUCAAAGUUUUUGUAAUUCCAUUUGUAAAAACUUCCACUAUGUGCUUGUUUUUGUUAUGAUUUUGAGAUCUCUGCAGUAAAAAUUUUAAGAAAAUCUUGUAAAAAGCCUCGAAGAUUGUUAAAUAUGGAGACUAUGAAUGUAAAAAUCAAAUUAGAAAAUCUGGAAGAGCUUCAGUGUCGUGAAUGUGGUGAAAAUUUUCAAGAAAAUAUCCUGUUUGAGAGUCACAGAAAAUCACAACAUUCAUCUUUCAAGUGCAAUAUCUGUUCUUCGGACAAAUAUUCUCUCACUGAUUUCGAGUACCAUCUGCAGAAGCAUGGAGGAUUCAAAAUUUUUACAUGUAUAUUGUGCCAAGCAACAUUUACCGUCCUUGCGGACCUCAACAAUCAUCUUCCCAUUCAUCUAGUCCAAGAGCCAAUGUCAAAUGAGAAAACUGAGCCGGAUGAUGAUAUGAUGAAGUACGAAGUUGUUUAUUCUCCUGAAGACGAGACAGAGAAUCAUGAAGAAGCAUCUCAAGGAAGUCCUAAAGUAGAACAUCCACCAGAUGAUGAUCCACAAGAAACAAGCAAAAGUAAACGAAAACGUGGACGUCCCCGUAGGAUUAGACUCAAAGAUGAGGGGAAUGCAAAGAGAUUUGAAUGUCCACAGUGCUUCCAUACAUCCAAGAGCGCGUCAAAUCUCAAGAAGCACAUCCGAACUCAUACUGGCCUUAAGCCCUUUGAGUGUGCUGAAUGUGGCAAGUGCUAUUCUGAGAAGUAUGAUGUCCGAAUACAUUUGCAGCUGAAACAUACCAAACCCAAGAAGCAAGAAAUUUGUCCCUUCUGUGGGAAAAAAUUCAAUUUCACAAUUCGCUUGAAAUCACACAUCCGAGCAAUUCAUCGACCUCGAGAGAAAUUCCCAUGCUUCAUCUGCGGAAAAAUCUACUCCACCCGAGGAGGUCUCUAUUUCCAUCUGAAGACCCACAAUACAGAAUCAGAAAGACAUAAGUGCUCUGAAUGUAACAAAAUGUUCGAUAAGCAGCAUUAUCUUCAACGUCACUAUCGUCAUGUACAUGCAUCCCCACGAUUCUUCUGUGAAUGGGAAUCUUGUUCUUUUCGGUCCAAUUCCCAUUCAGUCUUAGUGGAACAUCUGAGAACUCACACAGGAGAAAAACCCUUUCAAUGCAAUAUUUGCAGCAAAUCCUUUGCCACAAAAGCUGCCCUGUCCAGUCACAUGUCUCAACGUCACAAUCCUGCAACGUUGCAGUGUGAAUUCUGUGAAAAAGUCUUCAAGAUUUCUGCAACUCUACGUUGUCAUGUAAGACGUGUGCAUAUGGAGCGAACUGUAGUAUGUCCUGUGUGCGAUAAAAAAUAUGCUACCAAAGGAGACCUCACCAGACACAUGAAAGAUAGUCAUGCAUUGAAGAAAGAACAGAGAUUGUAAACGUUUUCUUUUGAAGAAUAUUUCAAAUGUGUGCAAAUACUAGAUAAUAAUGUGAUUUAUUUUAUGAUAGUCAAAUAAAGAAGAUUAUAAGGUAUAGUGCCCUCAA